CAGCAGGAAGUUGUUUCCCAACCUUAAAGAGCAGGUUUUCGAUACAGGAGGCGUUAGGCAAGUUCACGUGUGUCUAGAUUUGCUCUUGCUGAGCGGCAGGGCUCUGGCUUUCCCAGCUCAGAUUAGCAACUGCUCUGCCCUGCUGGGCACUUAGCCAGCAAACGGGCAGCCCUGGAGGAUCUCGUCCACACCGUGUUCAGUUGUUCCUACGUCUGAAAUCAAAACGCCAUAUGGUGGCCUCGCCUUUUGCUGUCCUGCGAGCGUCCAGACUGUGCCGAGGGGGCCUGAAAAGUUGGGCGCAGUUGCUGGGGGCUCCACCGCUGAGACUACGUGGACAGAUCACUUGGGCUCCUGUCCGUAUGGCGGCGACGCUGAUCCUGGAGCCCGCGGGCCGCUGCUGCUGGGACGAGCCGGUGCGCAUCGUCGUGCGCGGCCUGGCGCCCGAGCAGCCGGUCACGCUGCGCGCGUCCCUGCGCGACGAGAACGGCGCGCUCUUCCGGGCCCACGCGCGUUACCGCGCCGACGCCGCCGGUCAGCUGGACCUGGCGCGCGCGCCCGCGCUGGGCGGCAGCUUCGCGGGGCUCGAGCCCAUGGGGCUGCUCUGGGCCCUGGAGCCCGAGAAGCCCUUGGUGCGGCUGGUGAAGCGCGACAUACGCACGCCGUUCGCCGUGGAGCUGGAGGUGCUGGACGGCCACGGGCCCGAGGCCGGGCGGCUGCUGGGCCGGGCGGUGCACGAGCGCGACUUCCUGCCGCCCGGGGUGCGGCGGGAGCCGGUGCGCGCGGGCCGGGUGCGCGCCACGCUAUUCCUGCCGCCAGGCAAGGGGCCCUUCCCUGGGAUCAUCGACCUGUUUGGAAGUGGUGGUGGCCUUUGUGAAUAUAGGGCCAGCCUCCUGGCGGGACAUGGUUUUGCUGUCCUUGCUCUGGCUUAUUUCAGAUUUGAAGACCUCCCUGAAUAUUUGAAUGAAACGCAUCUGGAGUACUUUGAAGAAGCUGUGGACUUUAUGCUGCAACAUCCAAAGGUGAAAGGCCCUAGUGUUGGGCUUCUUGGCUUCUCCAAAGGAGGUGAUCUGUGUCUCUCAAUGGCUUCUUUCCUGAAGGGCAUCACAGCCACUGUACUUAUAAAUGCCUGUGUGGCCAACACAAUCGCUCCUCUGCAUUACAAGGAUAUGAUUAUUCCUAAUCUUGGCAAUGAUCUAGGAAAACUAAAAAUCACUGAGUCAGGACAUUUCAUUUUUUUGGAUAUUUGGAACAAUCCUGUGGAGGAACCCAAUCAGUUAAGUCUUAUUCCAUUGGAAAAGGCCCAGGGUCCCUUCUUGUUUAUUGUUGGCAUGGAUGAUCACAACUGGAAGAGUGAAUUCUAUGCUCAUAUAGCCUCUGAAAGAUUACAAGCCCAUGGGAAAGAGAGACCCCAGAUAAUCUGCUACCCAGAAACAGGUCAUUGUAUUGACCCACCUUAUUUUCCUCUUUUUAAAGCCUCUAUGCAUGCAGUGGUCAAAAAAAUAGUAUUCUAUGGAGGUGAGCCAAGGGCUCACUCAAGGGCACAGGUGGAUGCCUGGCAGCAAAUUCAAAUGUUCUUCCAUAAACAUCUCAAUGGUAAAAAAUCUGUGAGUCACAGCAAAAUAUAACAUUGCAACCAUAGACCAGAUACGAUUAAUAAAAAUCAUAUUCAUACAA